CGACGAGACGCCGCUCCGACGCUUGGGAUCAGUCGCAUUGAUUUAGCUCGAGUCUGCAAUCGGAAUCAAAGAUCCCACACAACAUGGCGGUCGUGGAUGUGUGGCUUCGCCCGAAUGGGCAGAAGCUUGGCUUUUACCUCAGCCUCAACGAACAGAACCAGCUGGUGGUGGAUCAGGUUGAUACGGAUGGUGUUGCGCAUGAAAAGGUUCGACCCGGCGACCAACUGCUUUUUAUCAACGACACUCGUGUUGUCUCCUGGCAGCCGAGCCAAGUUGUGCAGCUGAUCAAGAGCAACAAUGCGGAGCAUCUCAAGCUUACCAUCAACCGCAGCACCAUGUCCCCAUCCAUCGUGCCUCUGGCCAGUGGCAAGCUUUCGACAGAAGAAAAAACCAGCGAGCACACUAGUAUUGUGCGCCUCCAGCUCAUUCCUCAGUAUGAUGGUUACCCCGGCUUUGAGGUGGUGGCCUCAGGUAGUGAUGAGUACCGUCACCAGAUCAGUGCCGUUGACUCCACCUUGACCGAUUGCCUGGAGCCCGGAGACAUUCUGCUCUCCCUCAAUUCGAUGCGCUGCGACGUCUCCGCCAUCGAGGCCGUCAAGUACAUGCUGAACCACUACGUCAAGGCCAACGAGCCACUGCGUUUGGCGUUUGUGCGCCGCUCCAACUUGGCCAUGAAGCCCGUCAGUCGCCCCGACACAGCCUUGUUGUCUUCCCUCCAGUACGGUCGCUGCAUUUUCCGCCACCCGGCCACCGGCUCGCCUGGCUUUGAAAUGAGCAUCCUACCCUACGAGCUGGAUGAUGGACGCACGCCCAACGCCUUGGCCCAAGUCACACAGGUCGAUGUCAACUCGGAGGCCUUCCGUUGUGGGCUUAAGCCCGGGCAAAUUGUUCUGGCCGCGAACAACGUGCCCCUCUCCUCCGUCACCCAGGAUGACCUUGAAGCCGUGCUUUCCUGGCUAGGCUCCAACCAACUCGUGAAUCUGGUCGUCGGCUGGCUUCAUGCGCCCGAUGCCCUUGGCUUUGAGGCCGUCCUCACGCGCCGCAACAAGAGCGAUCGCCUCGGCCUCCAUCUCACGGACCGUCUGCCUCAGUUGUACACCGAGACGGGCGUCUUCAUUGAGACGGCCACCAUCGACCCACAACAGGGCGGCAGCAAAGUUAACCUCAUUGAGAACGGCAUGCUGAUCUGUGCCAUCAACGGCAAGAGCAUCCUAAACUGGUCAUAUGAAGAGGUUCUCGAUGAGCUGAGUGCAACCGAAGGUGAGGUGCGCCUCUGGCUCGCCCGCGCCAUGUGGCCCGAUAAGCCUCAAGGCCCAUUGGAUACCAUUGCGGAGGUGGCUCCGGCUGCCAAGCGCACCAGCAUCAUUGCCAUGCCGCGUGAUCCUACACAUCAAACUACCGAGCUCGAGAGCCACGCUGAACUGCUCCGCGAAGCUGCAACCCUCUUGCAGCAGAUGCAGUUCAAAGAUGAGAAUGGCGCACACGUCGUAGAGCAUGCCAUUCCUGGCGCGCGGCUCAAGGCUGGGGACGCCAUUUUGUGGAUCGACGAUGCUUGCGUGCUUGCUUGGUCGGCGGAAACGAUCCGAGGUCAUAUUCAGCGCCUGCACAAUGGUGACGUGCUUGUCGUGCGCGUUCCGGCAGAAGCCGUUGGCCGCAAGACCUACAAGGCGGUCAAGGUGGAGCGUGGUGGUGAACCCUUUGGGGCCAGUUUGGCCGGUGGCGUGCUGCCCCUUCAACCCAACAUUUACAUCCAAGCAAUCAAGCCCGCGAGUGUCGCAGAUCGCGCGGGCGAAUUCACGCCCGGUGAUAUUAUCCUUGCCGUCGAUUCUACACUGCUGGUCAACCGCUCGCAUCAGGAUGCUGUCAAUGCGUUCCGAGCUGCCACCAACAAGAUGACAGUGCUGGUGGAGAAGGAAGCCAAGACGGCAUGAUCAACCAAGAAAGUCUUGGGCCUGGCCAUUGUACCUCUUCUACAUAUUUGUGGCCAUGCGUUCCUGUUUGUGACAUUUUGAUGUCUCGGAUCGAUCCAUGUGAAAAAUCGAGACACCAUGCCU